GCGAGGCCGGGCCGGGCCGAGGAGUCGCAUCCAAGAUGGCGCCGUGCGGACGUGUCCGGGCCGGGAGCCGCGGGCCGGGCCCCUUCCUCAUCCUGCUGCUCCUGGCGCUGGGGCCGGCCCGGGCGGAGCAGGGAGCGGGCGGCCUCCCUGGCGGCGGCGGCGGCGGAGGAGGAGGCGGCGGCGGUUUCCCGGGGGCUGCCCUCCAGCCGCAGCAGGCGGCGGGGCUCGGGGCCCAGCAGCCGCCUCAGCCGGCGCUGGCGGGGGCGGCCCCGGGCGGGGGGGUGGCGCGGCCGUUUCGCGCGGGGGGCCCCCCGGGCGGCGGCUGGAAGCUGGCGGACGAGCCCGCCUGCCGGGAGGAUGUGACCCGCGUCUGCCCCAAGCACAGCUGGGCCAACAACCUGGCCGUCCUCGAGUGCCUGCAGGACGUGCGGGAGACGGACAAUGAAAUUUCAUCAGACUGCAACCACCUUUUAUGGAAUUACAAGUUGAACUUGACUACAGACCCAAAAUUCGAAUCUGUGGCCAGAGAGGUCUGCAAGUCUACUAUAUCAGAGAUCAAAGAAUGUGCUGAUGAGAUUGAUGGGAAAGGCUACCUGGUGUCCUGCUUGGUAGAUCACCGAGGAAACAUCACCGAGUACCAGUGUCAUCAGUACAUCACCAAAAUGACAGCGAUAAUUUUCAGUGACUACCGCCUGAUCUGUGGUUUUAUGGAUGACUGCAGGAAUGAUAUUAACAGCCUGAAGUGUGGUAGCAUUCGACUCGUGGAAAAGGAUGCCCAUUCUCAAGGCGAAGUGGUGGCCUGCUUGGAGAAAGGCCUGGUGAAAGAGGCAGAGGAGAAUGAUCCCCAAAAGAUUGUCUCGGACCAGUGCAAGAAAGCAAUUCUUCGUGUGGCUGAGCUCUCCUCUGACGACUUCCACUUGGAUCGGCACCUUUAUUUUGCAUGCCGGGAUGACCGGGAACGUUUCUGUGAAAACACUCAGGCCGGUGAAGGCAGGGUAUACAAGUGCCUCUUUAACCACAAGUUUGAAGAUGCUAUGAGUGAAAAGUGUCGCGACGCACUGACAACCCGGCAAAAACUGAUCGCACAGGACUACAAAGUUAGUUAUUCUCUGGCAAAGUCUUGCAAAAGUGACCUCAAGAAGUACCGAUGCAAUGUAGAGAACCUCCCGCGUUCCCGAGAGGCCCGGCUCUCCUACCUGCUCAUGUGUUUAGAGUCUGCAGUGCACAGAGGUCGGCAAGUGAGCAGUGAAUGCCAGGGGGAAAUGCUGGAUUACCGGCGCAUGUUGAUGGAGGAUUUCUCACUGAGUCCAGAGAUCAUCCUAGGCUGCCGCAGUGAGAUUGAGCACCACUGCUCAGGGCUGCAUCGGAAAGGCCGCACUCUGCACUGCCUGAUGAAAGUCGUGCGAGGAGAGAAGGGGAACGUGGGAGCCAACUGCCAGCAGUCGCUUCAAACACUGAUCCAGGAGGCUGACCCCGGUGCUGACUAUCGCAUCGACAGAGCUUUGAACGAGGCCUGUGAAUCAGUGAUACAAACCGCCUGCAAACACAUCCGUGCUGGAGACCCCAUGAUUCUCUCUUGCCUCAUGGAGCAUCUGUACACAGAGAAGAUGGUGGAGGACUGUGAGCACAGGCUUCUGGAGCUCCAGUACUUUAUCUCACGGGACUGGAAAUUGGAUCCUGUCCUUUACCGCAAGUGCCAGGGAGAUGCAUCUCGACUUUGUCACACGCACGGCUGGAACGAAACGAGCGAGAUGAUUCCUCCCGGGGCCAUCUUCUCUUGCCUGUACAGACAUGCCUACCGCACUGAGGAGCAGGGGAGAAGGCUGUCCCGUGAAUGUAGAGCAGAAGUACAGCGGAUCCUGCACCAGCGUGCCUUGGAUGUGAAACUGGACCCAGCUCUCCAGGACAAGUGCAUGAUUGAUCUGGGGAAGUGGUGCAGUGAGAAAACAGAGACUGGACAGGAACUCGAGUGCCUCCAGGACCAUCUGGAUGACUUGGUGGCUGACUGCAAGGACAUUGUUGGAAACCUUACGGAACUGGAAUCUGAGGAUAUCCAGAUCGAAGCUUUGCUUAUGCGAGCAUGUGAGCCAAUAAUCCAGACCUUCUGCCAUGAAGUGGCAGACAACCAGAUUGACUCGGGGGACCUCAUGGAGUGCCUCAUUCAGAACAAACACCAGAAAGAGAUGAACGAGAAGUGUGCAGUGGGCGUCACGCACUUCCAGCUGCUUCAGAUGAAGGAUUUCAGGUUCUCUUACAAAUUCAAAAUGGCCUGCAAGGAGGAUGUGCUGAAGCUGUGUGCCAACAUCAAGAAAAAGGUGGACGUGGUCAUCUGCCUGAGCACCACUGUGCGCAACGACACCCUGCAGGAUGGGAAGGAGCACCGCGUCUCCAUGAAGUGCCGCAAGCAGCUACGUGUCGAAGAACUGGAAAUGACUGAGGAUAUCCGUCUAGAACCAGACCUUUUUGAAACUUGCAAAAAUGACAUCAAGAGCUACUGUCAGAACGUUCCAUAUGGCAAUGCCCAGAUUAUUGAGUGCCUGAAGGAAAACAAGAAACAGCUCAACACCCGCUGCCACCAGAAAGUCUUCAGGCUCCAGGAGACAGAGAUGAUGGAUCCGGAGCUGGACUAUACUCUCAUGCGAGUCUGCAAGCAGAUGAUCAAGAGAUUCUGUCCAGAAGCAGAUGCAAAGAACAUGCUGCAGUGUUUGAAGCAGAACAAGAACAGUGAGCUGAUGGAUCCCAAAUGCAAGCAAAUGAUCACCAAGCGCCAGAUCACACAGAACACAGAUUACCGCCUGAACCCGGUGCUCAGGAAGGCCUGCAAAGCAGACAUCCCGAAAUUUUGUCAGAGCAUUCUGAACAAGGCCAAGGAUGACUCGGAGCUGGAAGGGCAGGUCAUAUCCUGCUUGAAACUGAAAUAUGCAGACCAGCGUCUCUCUCCGGACUGUGAAGACCAGAUCCGAGUGAUCCUUGAGGAAUCGGCUCUUGAUUAUCGGUUAGAUCCUCAGCUGCAGAUGCACUGCUCGGAUGAGAUUUCCACCUUAUGCGCAGAGGAAGCAGCAGCCCAGGAGCAGACGGGGCAAGUGGAAGAGUGUCUGAAAGUGAAUCUGUUAAAAAUUAAAGCGGAUAUGUGCAAAAAGGAGGUGCUCAACAUGCUGAAGGAGAGUAAAGCAGACAUCUUUGUGGAUCCCGUCCUUCAUACGGCCUGUGCCCUCGACAUCAAGCACCACUGUGCAGCCAUUCCACCAGGACGAGGCCGACAAAUGUCCUGCCUAAUGGAGGCCUUGGAGGACAAGCGUGUCCGAUUACAGCCCGAGUGUAAGAAGCGGCUUAAUGAUCGCAUCGAGAUGUGGAGCUAUGCUGCGAAGGUUGCCCCAGCGGAAGGCUUUUCCGACCUCGCCAUGCAGGUGUUGACCUCUCCCUCCAAAAACUACAUUCUGUCCGUCAUCAGCGUCGGCAUCUGCAUCCUCUUCCUGGUUGGCCUGAUGUGUGGGCGCAUCACCAAGCGAGUGACACGAGAGCUGAAGGACAGGUAGAGUCUGCCUUGCUAGCGGAAGGGAGGAAGGAAGACAGGCCUGCCCGGUGCCCCGUUUGUACAGCCCUCCUUUGUAUAGUCUCCCUACCCACCUCCACCCCUCUUCGGAGAGUACAAGCGAAUUAGAACAAGUGGCACGUGUCAGCUGAGUUUUCCCCAUCUC